AUGAUUAGGUUUCUGGCUAGAACGCUAGUGCUUCUUUUGUCGGUGGCCACGUUUGCUUGUGCUGCGAUUGUGGGCAUUGAUUUGGGACUGCAAUUCACAAAGAGCGUGCUACUUGCGCCCGCGGUCCCGUUUGAGAUUAUUCUUACAGAUGAAGGCAGCAGGAAGGAAAAGACGGGGAUCCAGCUAUUCACCGAGCAGAAUUUGGAAGAGAACUACGAUUCUCAGCUCGUGUCGCUUGCGAUGGUUUUGGACGACAUUAGAGAUCGUGCCGCACAGGACUUGGGCGGGAAGUUGCCGGCGAUUAUUGAUGUGGCCAUCAAUAUCCCCGCCGCCAGCUCCCAGGUUGUGAGACGCGCCUACUUGGACUCGUUGAACUUGGCCAAUGUCUCGAGCGUCUUGGGCUUGGUGGAGGAUGGAACCGCCGUGGCGUUGAAUUUUGUUUCCAACCAGCAAUUUGACAAUGUGGAAAAGGAGUACUACAUUGUCUUUGACGCAGGCGCCGGCUCGACGAAGGCAACCUUGUUCUCCGUCAAGCAAUUGAAUGGCCAAACCGUGGUUGAAAUGGAGAGUGUCGGCUCGGAUGAAAAUUUCGGGGGCCAGGUUUUGACCAACUCCAUCCACGAGCUCAUUGAGGGCAAGGCGCUUAACCACUUUGGAUUGGACCAUUUGCCAGAAAAGACGUCAAAGAGACUUUACACGGUUGCCGAAAAGGCCAAGACAGUUUUGUCGGCAAAUAGCGAGUUUUCAACAGUGGUGGAGUCGGUGUACGACGACGAGGAUUUUAAAGUUUACGUCACGAGAGAAGAGUUUGAAGAUGUCAAUUCCGACUUGAUGCAACAUGUUACCCAGCCUGUGUUGGAUGCUUUGAAAUUGGGUGGCGUUGAAGUUGAAGAUGUCAAGUCUGUCAUAUUGAAUGGAGGAUCCACGAGAAUUCCCUUUGUCAAAGAACACAUUGCGUUGCUUUUCGGUGAGGAAAAAAUCUCAAAGUCGGUCAACACUGACGAAAGUGCCGCGUUGGGAACCACUCAAAGGGGCUUGCAACUUAAGAUAAACUCGGCCAAGGACAUUCAGCUCAUAGAAAAGUGUCAUCACAAUUAUGAAGUUGGCGUGAAUGACAGUGACGAGCUGUUGAUGGUCUUUGCAAGCGGAGCAGUUGUCGGUACUACAAAGUCAAUCGAGCUCGAUUUAGAGAACAACAAUGACAACAAAGACAUUGUUACCAUUACCUUGUACGAGGAUGGCUCUUUGCUCAAAAGUUAUCAAUUGGAUGGCAUUGACAGCAAAUUGAGCUGCAAGUCUGGAGAAAAAAAGAAACUCAAUGCCACUUUUGAGAUUAACGAAAGCAAGAUUUUUGAUUUGGUUGCACUCCGCGCUCAUUGCGUCAAGAAGGAAACAUCGUUUUUGGGCAACUUGCUCAAAAAGGACAACAGCGAAAAGGAUACCAACGACAAUGACAAUGACAAUGACAACGAAAACGGAAAGGAAGUUGACGAUAAAGUCGAGGUUGAAGGCGAACGUCUCAAUACAACCAGUUCAACCUCGCCUCAAAAACCAAAAACCAAAUUUGCUGCCACCAUUGCCAUCCCGAUUCCAAAAGCUUCAUUCCCUCACGUGCAGCCACUCAAUGACACAACAAGAAGAGUUUUGCUCAAGGAAAUUGCCCGCUUGCACAAGUUGGAGGAGGAAAAGUUGCAAUCAGAGGAGAUUAGAAACGAGUUGGAGAGCCAAUUGUAUCAAUUUAGGGAAACCUUGGAGAUCCACGAGGCAGAGUUGAAGAAGGAGUUGACCGAGGACGAAAUUGCCUCUUACUUUGAGUACAUUACCGACUUGAUUGAAUGGUUUGACUUUGACAGCGAUGAAGUUUCGCUUGACGACUUGAAGAACAAGAUUGAUGAAGUGAAAGAGAAGGAGUUUGAAGUCAAGAAACACGUCCGUAUGACACUGACGGAUUUGUCAAAGGAAGGAAUGAGAAAGUUACACGAAGACGGAACCAAAUUGUUGAUGAGCAUCCAAUCGAGUAUGUUGAAAUUGGGUCAAGGUGUGUCCGAUAUGAGAAAGAAAUACCAAGACUCGAACCUUGAUUUUGAUAAGGAAAACGACCGGAUAAAACUCAAAUCGGCUGGCCAAGAAAAUCAAAUGCUUUCCUUUGACAGGAACUUGGCCGAAUACAAGGAGAUUAUAACCAAGAUUGGAGAGUUGAUUGAAAUCUCCGACGCCAAAUUCAAUGAAAUCAGCAAGAGGGAAUUGUACACCUUCCACGACAUGUUGGCUAAGGGAGUCAGUGAGAUGUUGCUUGAUCUUAUCAAACUUGAAUCUAGUCACGGAGAGAGAAUGAAGUUGCUCGAAGAACAAUAUGGCAAGUUACUUGCUAGACAACAACAAAAAGAAUACAGAAAGAAGUUGAGAAAAGCGGCAAAAGAAGCUGAGAAGAAGAAAACAAAAGAAAGUGACAAGGCUGAGGAGGUCAGCGAGGCGGCAACUGAAAGUGGCACUCUUGAACAUUCUGAGACCAUCGAAACCGCCUCAACAGAGAAUGAUGCCAACACGGAGGAAGUUACAAGCUCUAGCUUGAGCUCGAGCUCGAGCUCGACAACGGAAGCAAGUGAAAGCUCUGAAACGACAGCUGAUACUGUAUCUGAACCACCUGCAGUCACCCUGGAGACGCAUUUAGAGCAUGACGAGUUAUGA